CAGUUUUCUUCGGAUCGAUCUGCAGCACCGCUCCAGUUUAUGACAAAAAGAGUUCAUGACAUGGAAUGUCAUCUGCCAAAGUGGCUACUCUAAGUUCCCAGUCCCAGUGGUGAAACAUGCUGAGGAAAACCUGGAAGCGAUGUGGCCAGCUGCUUCAGAUUCCAUUCUACAGGAUUGACACAACGGAUUUGCAGAAAAUUGCCAGAUAAGGAAAAAUCAUCACACACCAAUUUAUCCUACCUGGAUGGAGAGACAUUUAAGGAAAAGAAAGAGAGACACUAGGGACUUUUACAGUACAGUUUCAGUUUACUUACUCUGUAAAUUGUAAUGUCUUACUUAGUAACAUUGCAGACCAUACAUGGUAGAAGUUUGUGUUUAUUGGACGGCCAAUAGGAUAACCAGGUACAAACGAUAAGGUAGAUAAGGUAGUUAAGCCAGAUAAGCCUGGUAAUACCAUGGAAACACACAAGGCUUCCUUUUACAGUACAGUUUCAGCUUAAAUCUGAUAAACUGGGUGUAGCCAUGAACAAUAACUAUAUAAGAAAAAGUAAUUUAUUGGAAAGUACUAUCUUAAUUUCUAGAUAGUACAUAAUUAAACUUGGGCUGUUGCCAACAUAAACCUUGGAUAACUACAAUUUUAACUUGAAUAAAUGGGCAAUAGAGGAGGUGUUUCUAUAAACUGGGAAGUACAAAAUUAUAUCUAAGUCAUUACCAAGCUAAAACGUUCACAACUACACUGUGCUAAGUUGAGUUGAUGAGUAAUAGUGGAGGUUUUUCUUAGUAUUUCAGCUCUAGUUGGUCUGUAUUUACCUACUUAUUACCAGUGUUUAAUCACAUAAUAUAAUAUAUAUAUAUAAUCACAUAAUAUACUGUAAUUUACCAUAUAUUUACUAGGUAAAUACUUAAUUAAAGUAAUUAGGGGACAGAUAAAGGAAGGGUUACCCUUACACUUGAGUAAGAUAUAUUUUUGUGCAUAUACUGUAUGUCUAAUAUGGGCAUAUGUUAUAUCAGACGAACACAGAGUAAUAAAGAAUUGAGCAAAGGGAUAUUAAACAUAUCUAAUUCAUACAUAAGUGUGUGAAACAGCUCCAGGAACAUCUCUAAGAACAACAAGGGUUUGUGGACCGUGCAUCAACACAUGCCUUGUAUGUUAUUACAAAAUGGUUAAGAACACGAAUUAACUGUAUACUAAUUGCUAAAACAGUAUAUAGUACUCUGAAGAUUAAUACAUAGUGUAAAAUUGAUAGUUUGGAUAAAGUGUGAAGUUGAGACACAGCUCUUGUCUUUCUGUGUCAGGAAACAUCAACUUUAUAUUAACAUACAACACAACUAUGAAAACUAAACAUGAUGAGCCUUAAAACUUAGCUCAGAGUUGCUAGAAAACAAUUAAAAUAAAAACCAAGAUCCAGUAAAUAUUUCCAUAAAAAUAGCCUGCACUGAAAAAUCUAAGAAGCCCUCAAGCCCAUGGAGGAUUUAACUUCCAUUACUGCUUUGAAAUGUACCCUUGAUGCAAUGCAUAAAAGUGUUAUCUGAGAAAUGACUACAAAUUGUGAUAAGGUUUUCUAAAGCCACAGCUGCAGGCUGUUAAUGAUAGUGAUUGCGCAGUAGUGUGCAAGCACAUGUGACGUUGUGUGAAAAGCAGACACACCGAAGCUAAACUGAAGUAGUUCAACCCCUUGGGCUUCGGCCCGUCCAGUGACUGAACCUUGUCACCACACAACGGCUUCUCCUCAGGUUACAAUGGUUCCCCGCCCCUGAAUGAUUUUUUUUGGAGCCUCUAAUUAGUGCUCACAUUUGUGUUUGGCAUCCAGAAAGGAAGAUUGAGUGUCAGUCUUUUUACUACAGCCGCUGACCCUCUGGAAUUCUGUAUCUGAGCCCCUGAGCCUGGAUUUAGACAUGACAUCACCUCCAAAAUAAGUCAUCAAGUGAGGAAUAAAUCCAUCCAAUUUCAGUUUGUCUCCCUUUCAUUCAUGAAAUAAAGUGCACCAACAAUUCAAAGCAAAGUUACUGUCUCUCUUAUUUAAAGAGAUAUCUUAAAAUGAUUGCUUUUUUUAAAAAAAAAAAAUACCUGUCUUGUUACUCUCUAUUUGCUAUUUUGACAAAAUUGCUGGUAGCAUCAAUUUGUCUGGAAUUAAAAAAAGAAAAAAGAGAAAAAGGAAAAAGAGUGCUAGCUACCAAAACUUAAAGAAAAGUACGGCACAAAUAGAAAAUUUCAAGGACAAUGACAUACCACAGAUAUUCACUGACUUAUGAUCUCUGAGAGAUACAGUGUAAAAGCACUAUAGUAAUAACAAAAAAGAGUGUUAAAAAGAGAACCAAAACAAUUGCCAAUGCCUAGAAUGACGAGCAAGAAUUUUAAUAAAUUUCAUCUUUGUUUGACCGUAUGUCCAGAUGACAUACAUUAUAUAGGCCUAGGAUUUUCUGUUUCCUUCCUUUCAAAUUUCAAUCAAGACCUGGACCUUCAUUAAUGCAGGUCGCCCCAUAUCAACCUUAAUUUCCUUGCCAGCUGUCAAACUCAGAAUAUUGUUAAGUGGUUGGACUGAUAGUUUAGCACAAAUUUAAAGUAAAAAGGCUGCAAGAUGUUUUGCAAAAAAAACACUGGGAGACGGGCCGAACCUCCCCUUCUGGCUAGAAACCAGGCGUUGACAGAUGAACCACGUCUUUUUUAAACUCCUCUCCACAGCUGUGGACAGCAGCUCCAGGCUGCUUUGUAGUCACAUCUGUGAGCUGGACAGCUGGAUGUUUGGAGAAAAUUACAGUUUGAUCUGUGGCGAACCAGAUUGAAAGACAGCUUUGCAGUACCAGAUCCAGACACUGAGAUUAGGACUGAUCAAAGAUCCAGGUUUUGCAAUGAAUGUAGCUGAGAGGAUUGAUAGCUGAUCACAAUCCACUUUGUAGUUCUCUGGCUCCGAGACAGAAACACUCAAAUCUGCAAUGAACAGCUUGGAAGACGUCAAUCAUCUUUUCAACUUCUGAUUUCUAAAUUUGCUCUGGGACCGCACAUAUCUGUGCUGGAACCUCAGAGAUGCCUAGGUUGCAACUUGAAUAAUGGCCGCAUUCAUACACUAAGUGAAUUUGUCAUCACACAUCUUCCUCCCCUUGUCCUGUUACUUUAAUCUUGUAUCAUGAAAAUCCAAAUAACAUAGACCUCCCAAUUCCCAGUGUACUAAAUUUCCUGACAUAUGUUAUCCUCCUAAAAUGUUAAAACAUUAUAGCCACUGAGAAAUAGCCAUCUAAACAUAACAAAUGUUUGAAAUUCCAAAAAAUCAUGCAAUUUACAUGGAAAAUAUAACCUCUGAAAAACCAUUUAAGAAGCCUGGAGCAAGCAAAUCUGGGUAAAGCCUUCAAAGGUCUGAUGAGAUUUUCAGCUGUGGCAAAUUGAAUGAUUAAUCCAAAGCAGCAGACAAGGAGACAAGUAAAAGAACAUUUUAAUUGUGACAGUUUAAGAAUAAAAUUCUCUGGUCUAUGGCUCUGUUUCCAGAUACAGAUCGAUUUCUUUAAGCGGAUUGCCCUGGAUCUCUAAUUACUGCCACCCCACCAAGCCCUCCUAACCUUUUGGCCCAGCUGUCUAGAGAAGAGGAGCUGCAGUGCAGAACCCAGUGCUCAAGUCACACCAGAAUGGGCAUUAAGAAACUCGCCGUCUUUCUCCUGGUUCUCUGUCUUUGUCUAGAGGGAGGAUCUGCCAAAGAAAAAGGAACAAAGAAGGGAAAGAAGAAAGGGAAGCAGGUUUACUGUCCAUCACAGCUGUCAUCUGAGGAUCUGGCCCGAGUCCCUGCAAAUUCAACCAGUAACAUCUUGAACAGGUUACUGAUCAGCUAUGAUCCCAGAAUAAGGCCCAACUUCAAAGGAAUUCCUGUGGAAGAUAGAGUGAACAUUUUCAUCAACAGCUUUGGCUCGAUCCAAGAAACAACUAUGGAUUACAGAGUCAACAUCUUCUUGCGACAGCGCUGGAAUGACCCCAGGCUGAAGCUGCCACAGGACUUCAAGUCUGAUUCUCUCACUGUUGAUCCCAAGAUGUUCAAAUGUCUCUGGAAACCUGACCUGUUCUUUGCAAACGAAAAGAGUGCAAACUUUCACGACGUUACCCAGGAGAACAUUCUCCUUUUCAUCUUCCGUAAUGGAGAUGUCCUCAUCAGUAUGAGGUUGUCCAUCACACUGUCUUGCCCACUGGACCUGACGUUGUUCCCUAUGGACACACAGAGGUGUAAAAUGCAACUUGAAAGCUUUGGCUACACCACAGAUGACCUGCAGUUCAUGUGGCAGACAGGAGACCCGGUGCAAAUGGACGCCAUCGCUCUGCCACAGUUUGAUAUCAGACAAGAAGAUAUUGAUUAUGGGAACUGCACCAAAUACUAUGCAGGAACAGGGUACUACACUUGCGUAGAGGUUAUCUUCACCCUAAGGCGACAGGUCGGCUUCUACAUGAUGGGCGUUUACGCCCCCACGCUGCUUAUCGUAGUCCUUUCAUGGCUGUCCUUCUGGAUCAACCCUGAUGCGAGUGCCGCCAGGGUCCCUUUGGUUGUUUAUCACCACUUUCAUCCCAUCAUCACAUCACAUCUCCUCCUGGAAGCCUUCUCUGACUUCUUUCUAAAUGGGAUCAGUCCAGGCAUCCUCUCUGUGCUCUCUCUGUCCUCUGAGUGCACGUCCUUGGCUUCAGAGCUGCCCAAGGUGUCCUACGUCAAGGCCAUCGACAUCUGGCUCAUCGCUUGCCUGCUGUUCGGUUUCGCCUCGCUGGUGGAGUAUGCUGUGGUUCAAGUGAUGCUCAACAGCCCGAAGCGCAUCGAGGCCGAGAAGGCCAAGAUAGCAUCGAAGGAGAAGGCUGUGGGAAAGAGCCCCGCUGCUAAGAACAACACGCUCAACGGGACCGGGGGGACACCGCUUCAUGUCAGCACCUUGCAUGUGGCAGAGACUCGCUGUAAGAAGGUGUGCACCUCUAAAUCAGAUCUACGGACCAACGAUUUCAGCAUUGUGGGCUCACUCCCGCGGGACUUUGAGCUGUCGAACUUUGACUGCUACGGGAAGCCCAUUGAUACCGGCAGUGGUCACGGCAAAUCCCAGGCCAAGAACAACAAGAAACCUCCUCCUCCGAAACCCGUCAUCCCAUCUGCUGCCAAAAGAGUCGACCUGUACGCCCGAGCCCUUUUCCCUUUCUCCUUCCUCUUCUUCAAUGUUAUUUAUUGGUCCAUAUAUUUGUGAUUAUCUUGAAAUCAUCUUCUAUCAUUAACACCUCACUUCACUCCCACGAGUGCUUUAUUAAUCAGCUCACAUUUGAAAGGUUGAAAGUGAACUUUGAGAAAUGUGAAACAUACUCAUGCAAAAUGAUUGCUGAGAUGAAGGUAAAACUACUAUGUAUUAUUAUAAUUAUUACAUUUACCUUAACAUAAAGAUAGUUAAGUAUCAUUCAUCUGUGUAUUAAAUAAUGAUCAAAACUUUAUCUUUCUUUACCUAAAAUGGAUAUAUUGCAUCUUGUAUUGAAAUACUUUAUUUAUUGAUAAUGGUACUUGAGAGGUUAAUACAGGAUUGCAGAUAUAACUGUUGUGAUGAAUCGUAUGUAAACAAAUCCACAAAGAUUGAAUGAGCAACAACCAAGCAGAAGAUGCACAGAUCUAUAAAAGAGCAUUUGUAAAUUGAUAUUUGAUUUUUUUUUUUUUUUUUUUUGCCCUUGCUGAGUGGGAGUCUACCCACAAGUUAAAUGAGUUAAAACAUUUUAUUUAAGCUUAAAUGCAAAGUGUAACAUUGUAAUUACCUUGCAUGUUAAAAAAAUGCAUGUAUAUGAAGAUAAAAGAUAAAUAUAUAUAAAGUAUUUAUUAGAUUUUAUUAAUCUUAUAAUUUGCUCUUGAGAGGAUACUGUAGGUGGAUAUGUCAAACACUCUGUUCCUGUCUAGAUGGUCAUGUGACACUGCCACUCCUUGAACAAUUGUAAUGUUUUACACUUCCCACCUGUAGCGUGUGUAAAUGGGUCACUAGUAAGCUGUGACCAUGUGUUUGUGAAAUUUACAAGCAAAGAAAAAUAAGGAAAUUACUUUUCACCAUGUGAUGUGAUUAAAAAUGAACACACUGA